AUGGUGAGGCAGUGUGUCAACUGUGGUAAGUUAGGACACACUGCCAACUUCAAGGGUUGUCGUAAGUUCAAGGAGGCAACCCGACAGGUUGGUGGGGAUGUAAUCCCGAAGGUAAGUCGCCCCCCUAGCGUCGCGGCCCCCGCACAACCAACCGGCAAACAGGUAAAGCAGGCCAAACCUCCCAAGUCCGCUUGGGUGGCGAGGCCUGUGAAGCCUGCAAGCCACCGCACCCCUAGCGCCGCGGCCCCAGCGCCAAAACCUGGCAAACAAGCAAAGCAGGCCAAACCUCCCAAGUCCGCUUGCGUGGCGAAGCCUGUGAUGCCUGCAAGCCACCGCACCCCCAGCGUCGCGGCCCCCGCUCCACAACCUGGCAAACAGGCAAAGCAGGCCAAACCUCCCAAGUCCGCUUGGGUGGCGAAGCCUGCGAGCCACAUUGCUAGCGGGUCGGUACCGCCGUCGCCGACAAAGCCGGCAAAGCGGGUGAAAGCAUCCGAGUCAGCUCGGAUGCCGAAGCCUGCGAUGCCCUCCGAGUCGGCUACAGGUGACACCGCCCAGCAAAACCUGGGGGCGAAAAGGCUUCCUCCAUACGUGGAGAUGCCAUUGCACUCACCCCCUUGCGAGCGUGUGCCGCAGGACAGUGUUAGUCCUGCGGUGGAGUUAUGUAUACGCCUGAUAACACUUUGUAGGGAGAUGAAGUGCAGUGUAGCGGAUAUGCUACGCCGCAACUAUGCCGAGGCCAAGAAGAUCCUUGGCGAGGAGCCGAUAUGA